AUGGCGCAGCCCACCUCUUUUAAUCAUCGCAAGUACUCUCAGCCAGCCUCAGGAAUGAUUCAAUGUCGCGACCUUUACUCCCGCUCUUCUUCUAUAAGCUCCACUAGCCAGCUGCCCAGCACUCCGGACAUGCAACGCUUUAUUUCCGCCUACAUUACCUAUUUUCAUCCUCAUUUACCAUUCCUUCACAUUCCCAGUCUCAAUUUUCAAGCACCUGAAUAUACGAACCAUCUGCGAGUUCCUAGUGGCCAUCUCAAUCUCAGCUCCUCUGGUGUUGCCGGAGGCGGAGGCUGCCUGAUUCUCUCAAUGGCCGCCAUUGGAGCGCUGUACGAAUUUGAUGCAGCAUCUUCAAAGGAGCUGUUCGAAGCCUCGAAGAAGAUGAUACAGCUUUAUCUUGAGGAACGUCGAAAGGCUGACAUGUCGUCGGCUGUUUCUCGGUCCGGCAACACACGUGAUAAUUCUGUACACAACACGCCUCUCUGGCUUGUGCAGGCCAUGUUACUCAACGUCAUCUAUGGCCACACCUGCGGCGAUAAGACUUCCGCUGAUAUCGCAAGCACGCAUUGUGCAGCGCUGGUCAGUCUUGCGCGGGCCGCUGAAUUGACCCAGCAUAUUGAUGCAAGAGAUCUGCCACAAGACUAUCUCAACACCGGUCUGUCUGGCGGGCACGACACCCAGGGUCAGGAGCCAGAUUCGGGUGCUUGGGGCCAGUCUGCCUUCGGGCAACCAAAGGAAAGGAAGGAUUGGCUCGAUUGGAAGAUUGUGGAAGAACGGAAACGGACACUCUUCGCCAUUUUCACCGCAUCUUGCUUCUUGGUUUCCGCCUACAACCAUGCGCCUGCGUUGACAAACUCGGAGAUUCGCCUGGAUCUGCCCUGUGAAGAGGACCUGUGGGCAGCGGAAUCGCCACAGGCCUGGAGGAAGUUGGGAGGCCAUGCUCGUUCCAAGAGGACGGUCGCCUUUUCGUACGCACUCACCACCCUUUUAACGGCCGGUCGGCGGGCGCAGUCCGGUACCAAUGCUCCAUCGGAUGAUCCCAGCAGCAGCGAUCUAAGGCCUAGUACCUUUGGUUGCUUCGUGCUGAUCUACGCUCUGCACAAUUACAUCUGGGAAACACGCCAGCGCCACAUGGGUCGCCAAUGGACUUCAAGAGAGACGGAUGCCAUGCGAGCCCACAUCGAACCUGCUUUGCGCGCAUGGCAGACCGCAUGGACUACCAAUCCCGUGCACAGUUUAGAACGGCCCAAUCCCUACGGAGCUGGGCCUCUCUCGGCUGACAGCAUCCCGCUUUUGGACCUUGCCUACGUCCGUCUUUUUGUUGAUCUUGGCCGUUGCAAAGAAGCCUUCUGGCAGCGGGACUGGAACGCCAUGGCAGAUGAACUCGCCCGUGGAACAGACAUGGAUAACGCUAUGGAUAUGGCAACAGAUGUACUCGAUCCUUCUAUUGCGGAAGAGCCGGUUCCGCUAGACGUUCGGCGUGACUCGGUGGCCAGUCUAGGUGUCGGUGACCUUGCUAUUUCUCAGACCCCAACGCAAGAUCGGCCAAUGCAGGCCUUGCUAGGUGUAUACCGCUCAGGGCAGACGAAGCGUGAAAAACUCCUGCGCAGAGCAGCUUGCUAUGCCGCGGACUCCUUUGCCAUGUCCGACCAGCUAGGUAACACGUUCGCCGACUUCACCUGCCGGGAGCUCCCACUUCAGAGUGCCAUGUGUACCUUUGAUUGUGCUGAAGUUCUUGCGGAAUGGCUUACGACCGUGCAAGAGCGUGUCGGUCCGUACCUGGGUAUUCUAGGCCGCGACGACAUUGAUCUCGCCCAGGCUGCUGAAAGCAUGCUCCUGGAAGAUGAAGACGUCAAGCUCAUCGAAAAGACUCGGGAUAUUCUUUCCAGCAUCGAACAGAAGAUGCAGAAGGAUGUGCAAAACAGUGUAACCUCAGCGGGCAUGACCGUCCUACAGCGCCUGUCGAGCGUGGAAGGAGGUUAUGGCUGUAAAAUCCUACUUGUGACCUCUAGCCUGCUCGAUAGGGCUUCUGUGUGGCCAGUGAUGAAACUCAUGGCUCUAUCUCUCGAGUCUCAGGCAAUGCGCUUGAAAGAGCGCGCGGAAAACUCAACUAUGGGGACGACUCACUGA